AUGUUGGUGCUCAAGCGCUUGGGAUUCCUAUCCCUUCUACCCUCGUUACUAUCCUCCCCCGCCUCUGCCAGCCACCAUGCCCACACCCACAGAAACAACUACGCAAACACAACCACAGAAUACGACUACAUAGUCGUCGGCUCCGGCGCCGGCGGCGGUCCGCUGGCAGCACGGCUCGCCCGAGGAGGCUACAGCGUCCUUCUCCUCGACGCCGGCGACGACCAGGGCGACGCCCCGCAGCAAAUGAUCCCGGCCAUGCAGCUGCACUCGACCGAGUACGAGCCCAUGCGCUGGGACUACUUUGUCAACCACUACGACAAUCUGACAAGACAGGAGGAGGACAGUAAGAUGGUUUAUCGCACGCCUGGGGGGGAGUUGUAUACGGGUGCUGCGGAUGGGAAGCCGGAGGGGUCUGAGGCCUUGGGAAUUUUGUAUCCCAGGGCGGGGACGUUGGGGGGUUGUACGGCGCAUAAUGCGAUGAUUGCGAUAUACCCCUAUGAGCGAGACUGGGAUGAGCUUGCUGACUUGACAGGGAACGACACCUGGGCCGCAUCGAAUAUGCGGAACUACUUCAAGCGUCUCGAGGAUAACCGCUACGCACCCAGCGAUAUCGUGAGCCACGGUUUCGGCGGAUGGCUCCAGACCUCACUAACGCAGCUCACCCUCGUCGUCGAGGACCUCAAGCUCCUUUCCCUGGUCAUCGCCGCCGGCACGGCCAUGGGCCAGAACCUCGUUGGAAAACUCCUCAACACCGUUACCGGACUGACAGGUAUCCUGCUUCGGGAUCUGAACACCGGUGCGCCGUGGCGUGAUCAACGCGAGGGGCUGUUCCAGGUCCCGCUUGCUGUCAAGGUCCCCGAGUACAGACGGACUGGGCCGAGGGAUUUCUUGCUUGAUACCGUUGACGACGGGUACAAGCUUGAUAUUCAGCUCACGACCCUCGUCACGAACGUUAUCUUUGAUACCGCAGGUUCGACACCCCGCGCAAUCGGCGUCGACUACCUCCGCGGCCAGAGUCUUUACCGCGCCGACCCACGCGCAGGGAGUGCCUCAGCAGGCACACCGGGAAAAGCCUUUGCCAAAAAGGAAGUCAUCCUCUCAACCGGAACAUUCAACACGCCCCAAAUUCUCAAGCUAAGCGGCAUUGGUCCCCGCGCCGAACUCCAAAAGCACAACAUCCCCGUCCUCGUCGACCUCCCCGGCGUCGGCCGCAACAUGCAAGACCGCUAUGAAACAACCCUCAUCGGGAAAUCACCGACCGACUUCACAUUGACGACAAAGUGCACCUUCCUCGAAUCCCUCCCAGACCCCUGCUACGAGGAUUGGAAGAACGGCGUCGGUUUCAAGGGCACGUACAUGACGAACGGGAUCGCCAUCGCAAUCCUGAAACAGUCCUCUGUCGCCGAGCACGACGAGCCCGAUCUGCUUAUCUCCGGCGCCCCGGGGAAUUUCGCAGGGUAUUACCCCGGGUACGCGCACGAUGCGCUCAAGGACGCGCAGCACUGGGCGUGGAUUGUGCUCAAGGCGCGGAGCCGGAAUAAUGCGGGGACGGUGGAAUUGCGCUCGACGGAUCCACGCGAUACGCCGGUGAUCAAUUUCCACUCUUUCGAUGAGGGCGUCACGACCGAUGCCGCCGACGAGAAGGAUCUCCAGGCCGUGUACGAAGCCAUGGAGUUCUCGCGCGAGAUCUUCGACAACGUUGUCCCGCUGGACGGCGAUUUUGACGAGACGUGGCCUGGCGCGAAUGUCACCUCCGAGGAUGCGAUGAAGGACUUCAUUAAGCGCGAGGCGUGGGGACACCAUGCGUGCUGUACGGCGGCGAUUGGAGCGGAUGGUGAUCCCAUGGCGGUGCUGGAUGGGGAUUUCCGGGUGCGAGGUGUUGAUGGACUGAGGGUUGUCGAUGCCUCGGUUUUUCCGAAGAUCCCCGGAUAUUAUAUCGUCUUGCCGGUUUAUAUGGUUAGUGAGAAGGCCGCGGAUGUUAUUCUUGCGGAUGCGGGGAAGUGGUAGAGCUGGCGGAGCUGCCCACAGGGUGUGUGUGAUGUAUAUUAUAUUCCUUUCUUUGGCUUAGCCACCAUAAUACGGAAUCUUUCUUUCGCCCAC